ACGACACCCCUUCCAUUUCUUUUUUUUUCUUUAGUUAACAGUUGGUUGCCAAAAAUACUCAAUUUUAUAAAACCUUUCUUUUUUGCAUUAUUAUUGCACCAUCAUCUUCUUCUUUUUCCUUAUCUUUGUUUUUUAUUUUUUUUUAUUUUUUAUCUUCUUCUAUUUUAUUGUAUGUUGCAGAGACCUUAAUAUACAAGUACUCCUAUUAUACUAUUCCGUCUUUGUGACAACAAGAGCAAAACCAAGAACUAUGAAGCCCCUGAAUAGCAACAACGUUAUGAAAAAACAAUUUUCCUUAGUAUUUGUAAAGUUUGCAGUUUGUUUUCUGUUGUUGGGUCUUGCAUAUCGUCUGUUCUUGUCCAAUUUCGAACAGUUUUCUCAGAUUGAAGUGAAUGAUAUAGCUCUUGCUUCCAACAACACAUUGCCACCACAGGUGACUGUGACUGAGCCUCCAAUGACCGUUGAUCUUCCAGAAAACCGAACUUUGCAAAAUGGAAAAUGUGAUUUAUUUAUAGGAAAUUGGGUUCGAGAUCCCAGUGGACCAGUUUACACGAACACCACUUGCGAUACAAUUGAAUUUCACCAGAACUGUAUGAAAAAUGGGAGACCUGAUACUGAAUAUCUUUACUGGAGAUGGAACCCAAGAGACUGUGACCUACCAAGAUUUAGCCCUAAGAAAUUCCUCAAUUUGAUGCGGAACAAAUCAUUCGCCUUCAUCGGUGAUUCAAUUAUGCGCAAUCAUGUGCAAUCAUUGCUUUGCUUACUCUCACAGGAGGAACAAGGUGAUGCAGUCUACCAUGACAAGCAAUAUAAAAGCAGAAGAUGGUACUUCCCAAACCAUAAUUUUACUCUUUCGGUGAUCUGGUCACCUUUUCUUGCGAAAGCCACUGUUUUCGAAGAUAAUAAUGGAGUUUCAACGGAUAUAACCCAGCUUCAUCUUGACAAACCAGAUGAUGUUUGGACUCAACAAUUUGACAGUUUUGAUUAUGUAUUUAUUGCUGGUGGCAAAUGGUACCUGAAAUCUGCAAUUUACUAUGAGAACAAUUCCAUCGUUGGCUGCCACUACUGCCCUGGUAAGAACAUUACACAGGUGGGAUUUGAGUAUGCAUAUCGCAAAGCAUUGAAUUCGACUAUGAAAUUCAUCACGAGUUUGAAGAACCAAGUGUAUACAUUUUUUAGAACCACUACUCCCGAUCACUUUGAGAACGGUGAAUGGAAUACAGGCGGUUAUUGUAACAGAACAGGGCCUUUCAAAGAAGGUGAGGUUAACAUUGGUUAUGUAGACGAGGUAAUGCGCAAAAUUGAGUUGGAAGAAUUCGAGAGAGCAUCUGAAUUCGGGUUGAACAUGAAAUUGUUUGACACCACCUUAAUUUCACUGAUGAGGCCAGACGGGCAUCCCGGAGUGUACAGACAAUAUCAGCCAUUUGCUAAAGAAAAUAAGAACAAAAAGAUCCAGAAUGAUUGUUUACAUUGGUGUUUACCUGGUCCAAUAGACUCGUGGAACGAUAUAAUGAUGGAAAUGUUGUGACAUUAAAUUUUUUGAUCUUGCUCCCACAAUUGUAAUUGUUCACCUGCAAAGAUGUUACAGACUAUUUCUCACCA